GCGUUCGGGGUAGGAGAAUGAAAGAUCUACUAACGGGGCACUUCGAGACGGCCAUCUGGAGACCACGCCAGUCCCUGAUCUCCUAUCGUGAAUUUUAUUCCAUACCAGGUCUUUUGUAAUGAUCAAGAUGGCCACCUCCGCCAGCUCUAGCCUGAGCAAGGCCGUCAAGCAGCAGUACAUGGAGCUGCCCCAGGGCGACAAGGUGCAGGCCAUGUACAUCUGGAUCGACGGCACCGGGGAGGGGCUGCGCUGCAAGACCCGGACUCUGGACUCCGAGCCCAAGAGCAUCGAAGACCUGCCCGAGUGGAACUUCGACGGCUCCAGCACCUACCAGUCCGAGGGCUCCAACAGCGACAUGUACCUGAUCCCGGCGGCCAUGUACCGGGACCCCUUCCGCAAGGACCCCAACAAGCUGGUCCUGUGUGAAGUGCUGAAGUACAACAGGAGGCCUGCAGAGACCAACCUCCGCAGCUCCUGCAAGAGAAUCAUGGACAUGGUGGCCAACAAUCGCCCCUGGUUCGGCAUGGAGCAGGAGUACACCAUACUGGGCACGGACGGCCACCCAUUUGGCUGGCCCUCCAAUGGCUUCCCCGGACCCCAGGGUCCCUAUUACUGUGGGGUGGGUGCUGACAAGGCUUAUGGGCGAGACAUUGUAGAAGCUCAUUACCGAGCCUGCCUGUACGCCGGAGUUCAGAUCUGUGGCACCAAUGCUGAAGUCAUGCCAGCCCAGUGGGAGUUCCAGGUUGGCCCCAGUGAAGGAAUCGACAUGGGAGACCACUUGUGGAUUGCCAGGUUCAUUCUGCACAGGGUCUGUGAGGACUUCGGAGUCGUGGCCUCAUUUGACCCCAAACCCAUCCCAGGGAACUGGAACGGUGCUGGCUGCCACACCAACUUCAGCACCAAGGAGAUGAGGGAAGAAAACGGCUUGAAGUACAUCGAGGAGUCGAUCGAGAGGCUGAGCAGGAGACACCGUUACCACAUCCGUGCCUACGACCCCAAGGGCGGCCUGGACAACGCCAGGCGCCUGACGGGUCACAACGAAACCUCCAACAUCCACGAGUUCUCCGCGGGCGUGGCCAACCGUGGGGCCAGCAUCCGCAUCCCUCGCGCCGUGGGCCAGGACAAGAAGGGCUACUUCGAGGACCGGCGCCCCUCCGCCAACUGCGACCCCUACAGCGUGACGGAGGCGCUGAUCCGCACAUGUUUACUGAAGGAAGAGGGAGAUGAACCUGUGGAGUACAAGAACUAAACACCCUGAACUGGACUGAAUCCCCCCCCUCCUCUCCUCCUCUCCUCCCUGGUUUCUUUUGUUAAUAGGGCCACAGGGUCUAAAACUAGUACUGUAAUUUUCUUCUUUCUCCAAGGAAAUAGAAAGCCGUUUAAGAUGUGCGCUUUUAAAAGUUGACUGGUCAACUUAACACGAGGAAUUAAUUGCAAUUUACAAGUUCUAACCUAGGGUUGUGUUUUGUUUUUUUUGUUUUUUUAAAGGCUGGCACUUUCUUAUCCUCCUAUAUCAUAAUGGUGGGGUUGUAAGAGCCAGUCUUUAACAUUCCUUUGUUAAUGCCUUCUGCCACUGUCCAGCUUCCACUUUUUAAUAAGACUAGAAUGGACUAAAGCAGGUAGCGAACUUCUGCUGGGCAUGACUCAAGCUUGGUGACCUCCAUUCUGGGUGAGGGGUUCUCGGAUGGUCUUGGUUGGCCUCCCUAAAAUCCUGCGAUGCCAGUUAGUUGAGUACUUUCUGUGUAUAUUGACUGCUAAUCAAUUAUGUAAUGUUUAUAUAACGCUAACCAGGAAGUGUACAUUUUUACAAGAGAAGCAACGUUUUUAAAAGUUCGUCAUGCCAGUGUAGUCCACUUGUUUUGCGUACUGGUUCGUGUGUACGGUACACUGUCUUCUGAAACCAAGGUCCAAGUUCAAGUUGAGUUUUUCUGUAAGAACGUGGGCCCCUUGUCUGCCUCGUGUAGAUUUAUCAUCGGAUGUGUGAAGGAGUCGAUUUAUCUUUUUGCUUCUGGCUGUCUAGCACUGUGUAAUAUGGUUCUAUGACACCUUUGUUGGCGAUCAACAAAGCUGAAGCGAUGAAACAUGGUGGUUUUUAUCAGAACAUUAAAACAUUUGUUAUAUUUUUCACACA